AUGACUGAUAGCCCGCCCGACUACAUCCAAUCCUUGACAAUACCCAUAUACGCCCCUGCGAACGAACCGCUGAACCCAAAAACACUGACAAGAAUGCAGAUGCAGGGCUCUCAUAAUGCGCACAAGUACAUGCGGGGAUACCAGAUCCCUCCACUUGAGCGCACAACUGUCAGGAGUUCCACCAGGAUUGCUGCUACUACAUACCGGUGGGAGGGCGAGGAAGAAAACUCGGCGCAUUCUGCAACUCAUCUGCCAUUGCCGAUGGAUCCUAUAAUUGAGCGAGUUGGGUUUUGGCUUUUUUUCCUGUUUACGGUGUGGCUAUUUGGAUUCAGCAUGUGUGUAUUAAUUCUGACAACUGCGGAACUCGCGUUGAUUCCGAUCCUCUUCCUGCAAUUCACCCAAAUGAUACUGACCAUCGAUCUGCCCCUCGCCUCUCUCCCGCUCCCGAUGAGCAUCCUCAGCGCGCUGUUCUUCUGCUCCUUUCUCCUCACCCAGCUACAUGAAUGCUUGCCAUCUAUCCUCGCCUCGGAGCUCAACGCGCGCUAUUCGAUUUGGCACCACACUCGUCGGGACAUGCCGCUUGCGCUCACUUUUGUGGGUUUGAUCAGCAUGUACGCGGUGUUCUCGCACGGGCUCGCGCUCCUCAUUGUUGACAGCGAUAAAACAUUCUGGGGGGCGAGGGAUGUGGAGGGCGGAGGGGUAUUGGGAGUGAUGUUGCAGGGCGCGAGGGGAACGGUGGGCUGCUGUGUGCUUGUGGGCAUGGCACUUGUGCUGUGGCAUUGGCGGUGUGUGAAGAUACAGGCUGAGAGGGCGCGUGGUUGCUCAGAGGCGCGUUUGGAACAAUAUUCGUACUAA